AUGCUCCUCGGGACAAUCUGGCGCGGCGCCGCGCUGGCGGUUGCGGCCCUCGCGCCCGCCGUCGCCCGCGCCGCCGAUGACGCCGACAACCCGCCCGGCCAGUCGACCUUCGUCUCGCCCGACGGCGACGUCGCCUUCGCCUUCACCGUCCCCGAGCACAACAACCUCGACGUCUACUUCAGCCUGCGCGUCUCCCUCGACAGCGCCUGGGGCGGCGUCGGCCUCGGCAGCGACGACAUGAAGGGCGCCCUCUUCCUCCUCCUCUACCGCGACUCCCGCUCCGACUCCAACGUCACCUUCUCCCCGCGCGUCGCCUACGGCAACUACGAGCCCGAGUUCUACCCGGACCUCAACUACGAGGUCCUCAACGGCACCGGCGUCCGCGACGACGGCUACAUGUACUUCAACGCAAAGUGCAUCGAGCACUGCCGCAGCUGGCCCGCCCGCGGCACGGGGAGCGGCUACAUCGACGUCUCGUCGCCCGCCUCAAACGCCAUCUACGCCGUCGGCCCGCGCGAGAGCUUCCGCAGCGCGGACCAGCGCGCCAGCAUCAAGUUCCACCGCGAGUUUGGCGGCUUCACCAUCGACAUGCAGCAUACCCAAGGCAGCGCCGACCUACCCGUUCUCAACGCAAACUCCAAGAAUGAGGGCGUCUCUUUCGGCUGGCGCAAGACGGGCAAGGCCGAUGUCAAGGCUGCCCUGCACGGCGCCUUCAUGGUCCUGUUCCUCGUCGUGCUCUUCCCCGUUGGCGUCGCCUUCCUGCGCCUCGGCCAAUGGGCCCGCUGGCAUGCCGUUAACCAGACCGUCGCAAUGCUCGGCGUCUUUGCGGGCUUCGCUCUGGGCGUCGUGACGAGCUUCAACUACCAGAGGUCUCGCGGGUUCCGCCACUAUCACCAGAUCCUCGGGUUCAUCAUCGUCGCCUUCAUCAUUGGCCAGUUCGUACUCGGCUUCCUCCACCACACCGAGUACCGCAAGACGCAGGCCCCCACAAAGUUUGGCAGGAUCCAUCUCUGGCUGGGCCGCAUCAUCAUCUUCUUCGGCGUCCUGAAUGCCUUCUUUGGCUUCUCCUUCGCGCUCGAUAACAAGUAUGGCAUGAUCCUCGCCGGCCUCCUUAUCUUCAUCGGCUUCGUCAUGCUCUUCUUCGUCUUCGGCCGCGGCUACCUCAACAAGAAGAAGCGCGUCCAGCUCGCCAACGGCCAGCCCGGCGCCAACACGAGCUACCAGCCGCACCCCUGGCGGCAGGACUACCACCCCGCGCCCCAGUCCAGCAACCCGUCCGACCCGCCCCCGGGCUACGAGCCGCCCUCGCAGCACAUCGGCCUGCAGCCGGUGCCGGCGAGGUCAACGUCGCCGUGGAGGAGCGCAGACAAGGACGACGAGGACCCGGGACUGGGGAGCGCCCAACGGCCGCGAGAAUUCGCAUGA